UAUGACAUCUUCUGCCUCUUUCUCCAUAUAAUUGCUACAUGUCAUUCUCACAUUCGAAUGUGUUUUCAACUUAUACCUGUCAGCCGUUAUAGUGAGCUAAAUUUUCCUGACAUAUUAUGAAAUUCUGGUGUUGGUGAAGUUCCUUGCUCAAUAUAUUUGUACUUAUCUUUAUAUGAUGGUUUCAGUGCUUCUUUAUUUGCAUGAGUUGAGGUUAUUGGUAUUUUCAGUAUACAACAAAUCCUGAUUAGUUUUCUGAUUUUGAUAUUUGGAAUGAUCAUAAUUGAUGGUCUCAUCUAUGAUUAUUUUAUAUAUACUGCGUUUUACAAGCCUUAAAGUUAUGUGCAGCCAUAUGGUUUUGAUGUUGGCAAUUCUGAUAGAGGCAAUGUUUUAAAAGGACUGGAUCUUGGGGUUGAGGGUAUGAAAGUUGGUGCCCAGAGGUUGAUCAUUGUUCCACCUGAACUGGCGUACGGAAAGAAAGGUGUCCAAGAAAUUCCUCCAAAUGCAACCAUUGAGCUGGAUGUUGAGCUACUAUCAAUCAAGCAGAGUCCAUUUGGGACUCCUGUGAAGAUCAUCGAAGGAUAACUGUGCAUAGCAUUGUAAAGAGAAUGGUACAUAUUUGUAUGGAAAGUAGAGUGUUGCUUCGAAAAAAGGCUAGUUUACAAAGAUAUACUGGUGGUAUUGCAUUGAUAGUGCACUCGUGUAAGAUUUUGAACUCCCUUGGAAUAUAGAGUUCGUUUUCCGCUUAUAGAUGCUGAAAAUAAAUCAGCUAUUCCAAUUUUUAUAUUGCUGGUACUGCUUAGAAAAACCCUUGUCGUAAAUAUUUAGGUGGAAAGAAAAAGUAUAAAAGGUUCAUAGCUCGAUAGCUUUGUGAAAUUGAUGAUUUGGGCUUCCAUGUGCAGUUUUGUGUUUGAGUUAAGAAGGUACAUAUGCAUUUGUACAAAUACAGAAACAAGAAUAGGCAACUAGAAGUGUAAAGCAAAAGCCGAAAGGUAAGGACCUAAAUGGGCUGUCUUCAUCUAGGACACGCAAGCAAAAAGGUGGACUUUACCCAUCACGCAAAACUGGCUUAUCUGUGGUGAGUUGGUCUACUUUCUGUAUAAGCAUGUCCCUUUUUCACCUCUUUUAUUACUAUUCUAUGAUCAGCCAUAGCCACAAGGAGGGAAGCCUUGACUGGUAGAGAAGGUUCCAUGCUGCCAGCAGAUGAUCCUUGGCAAUGUUUUUUUUAAAAAAAAAAAGAAAAGAGGGAAGCCUUUGCAUCUUCUGCAUGCAAAGUUUAUGCUUUCUUCUCUAAUCAAGAAAUGGAACAAUACUAAUCUUGCUCUGAAAGAUUAAGAUGAGUUCCAAGUUGUUUAAAACUCUAGCUGUUAGUCUUUAUCUCAGAGGUAUAUUUAUGUGAAACAAGAUAAAAUGGUAUGGAAGAACCCCAACAUAUGCAUUUGUUUGUUCAAAAAAGAAGUCUGUGUGGUCUUGACCAAAGGUCGCUGGUAAUGCAAAAUCCAUGGAUGGUUAAAUACUCGAACAAACUUGGCAUAGUUUAGCCCUGAAGGCAAAGCAAUGUAGGAACAACUUUGGGUUGGCAUACAUAUAGUACUUAAAAGGUUAUUCAACUGAGACUGAAGGAAUGAUGAAAUCUUUUCAAUGGAAAGUAAGAGGGCAGAGGGCAUCACGAAUCUCCUUCUGAAGAUAGUCUUUCCCUUAGCUUUUCCCCUGGCUGGUGCUUUUAUCUGUGACCUGAUAACAAACAGGGCAAAUAGGCACAGUAGUUACACAGACUCAUCUGAGAGUUCAUUCCAAUUGGACCAAUCAUCCGGUUCAAUCUGCAAAGAAGAGGAGGAAGAAAUGGAGUCGACUCGUCGGGCAUCGCGAAGGUUGGCGCGAGCAGAGAGUGCCUGCAGCACUGCAGGGAGGCUUAUGAUCAGUGAACUUGCAAGGCAGGCUUCGAAUGCCGAAGAAGUCAUGGUGGUAGAGGCCACCGAAAGUUCUUCAGAAGCUACAGCCGCCAAGCAGCCCCAGGAUGACCAGAGGAUGGCCGCCGACGAGAUUGCCAGCCUGAAGAUCAUGGUGUCAGCCCUCGAAGACAGAGCUUGCAGCAUUGAGGCACAAUUCCACGAGUACUGCGACAUGAAGGAGCAGGAGUCGGCGUACCAGAAGAUGCAGAUCACGUGCCUGGGCAUGAAGCUGGAGCUGCUGGAGUCCCAGAACCAGCGGCUCGAAGCAGCUGCUGCGGAGAUCCGGGCGGCGGCCGAAGAGUUUGCGGCCAUGAAAGGCAAGCUCGACUUGCUGCAGAGCAAGUUGAAGAAGAUCGCCAAGAGAAGCAAGCAGGAUUCGGAUGCUUUUGGAGAGAAAAUCCUGGCUCUUGAUGCCAAGCAAUCCCAGAUGGCCAGAAGGUGCGAGGAGUUCGAACAGUGCAUGGAGGAGAUGAAGCAGCUGACGCUGCAGCUGCAGGAGCAGAAGGGAGCAGCAAACAAUGAGAACGUGGAAGUGGUCGUGGAGAGAAGCUUGCGGAACCUGUCGAGCGGCCGGGACCUGGUGGACGGGCUGGAGGCGCUCCGGGACCGGUGGGCCGCCGGCAUGGAGGAGAUGAUCUACCUGGGCUGGAUCACGGCGUGGCUGCAGCACGACCUCAUGCUCAUCGACGACGACGGCGGCAGCACCUACGACGGCGACGCCGACGGCCGCAAGGGCGGGCGCCCGCCGCCGGAGGAGGAGGAGGGGAAGAAGGGGGAGACGAUGGUGGCCGUGGCGGCGCCGAGCAACGAGGUGGAGCUGUGCAAGGCCGGGUCCGCGUCGUCGUCCGGGUCGGCGGGCCGCCCGCGCCGCAGCGUGGAGGUGGAGGCGCCGGUGUCGUCGUGCUUGGGGUUCGCGGCGGCAGGCGGGCGCGGCGGCGACGGCGACGGCGGCGGGUGGAGCAUCGGGCGGCCGAGGCUGCUCCGGAAGCUGCGCGGGUGGGCCGGCGCCGGCGGGACGAAGGCCGGCGGCGACAGGGGCAAGGCGCGGUGCAGGAUCGCGGGCCCGUGUUGUCAGAAAUGAAAUAAAUAAUUACCGUAAUUGGGCUCCGUGUACACUCCGUAUUUAAUUCGCUUGUGAAAAUUCGAGAAUGUUUGUCUAAAAAGAUCGAGAAUGAAAAUUGAAAUGUGUUCUUCGAGAAGACGUGGAGAAAAGUUAGAAUUGCAUGUGACAGUGAGAGAAAAAAAUGGUUGUUAAUAUUAAUUAA